AUGGCUCCAUCAUCUCCAGACAGACCCUCUUUCUCUGAUGAGGAGGAUGAAGAAUCCUUCAACUUGGCUACUCUGGGUGCUCCAACUCCAGCUCAGCCCACCAACAAAGGGCCAGCCUCCACCCAAGAGCCUCAGACCCUCAGGACCACCCAGGCCAACCCAGCAGCCAACAACACCACCACCACCAACAACAACCCCAACAACAACCCCAACAACAACCCCAACAACAACCCCAACAACACCAACAACAACACCAACACCAACAACUCUAACUCCAACAACUCCAACACCACCAGCAACAACAACACCACCACCACCAAGAAGAAGAAAUCUCCCAAGGAUGUGGUCACUGAAGGCCAGGAGGUCAGGCAUGGGGUGGAUAUGCCAACUGGGAAGGUUGCUCAAAUCUCUUCCACUCCUGGUGGUGGAAAGGAGGUUAGGCUUUCUGCACUCCAAUCUUUGGAGAAGAAAUAUCAGGAUGCCAAAGCCACUCUGGCUGCUCUCUUGAGUGAGGCUACUGAGACUCUUGGUGCCCCUCCCUCUUUGGAGGGGAAUCUCUUUGCCAAGAUGGAUGAGGCUUUUGACUUGAGGCUGGAAAGCUGGAAAGUCAAAAUUGAGGAGGGUGUCACCACCAAGUCUGAGGUGGUGGUCUUGGAUGAUGAUGUAGUUGAGGUGCCAAGGUCUAAAAAGAGACCUCGUGCAUCUGACAAGGCCUCACUGCCCACCUUUUCUAAGAAGCAGAAAUCUGCUGGUGCUGCUGGCACUCAGGCUGGGAAGAGUGCUCCCCCUCCUGCCUCCUCCAAGAAGGGCAGGGGGAAGGAACAAGAAAGUCUCUUUAUGGACGAUGAGGACGAUCGCUACAAGGACGAUGUCGAUGUCGAUGGCAAUGGCAAUGAGAAGACUGGAAAAGGGAAGGAUGGUGCUGGAGCUGGAACUGAGAAGGAGAAGGAAAAGGAAAUCGAGGACAAUAGUGUGAUCAAGAAGGGUCAUUUCUUGUCUGCUUUGGUCUUAUGUAGAUACUCCCUCCCUGUUGGGCUCAAGGAGAUUUAUACUCAGUCUUUGGGUGCUUUAGAGCCCAAGCAGGCAGCUCAAAAUGCUGGCAAUACCUCUCUGGAAUUUGGAACUCUGGCGUCUCCUAUUCUUUUUCGAUUCCUCAAUUGGAUCCCUUCUGCUAUUGGCCAUAUUCAGGUCAACAAAUAUGAGUUGGCCUCUAGGAUGAAUACUCAACUCAUGGGUGCUCCUAGGAAGAAGCCCUUUUUUGAGCUCAUCAGAUCAGCUCCUGGGUUGAUUCAGGUUUCUUAUCCUGAUCCCUUCUGGAACAAAGAUCUCAUUGACUUUGAUAAAAUCCAGACUGCUUCCAAGGAGAAUCCCAAGGACCCUGUGGGUGGUUGGACAGCCCUCCUCAACUUGAUCUGCAGAGCUGAAGGUGACAACACCUUGGGUUACACCACCCAUGUCUCCAGGAAGGCUCUGAUUUCUGCUGCCUUCAACCGUGUCAGUCAGCUCACUCGGGACUCUGUGGCGGCAAUCUCAACCAACAUCAAGCCCCCUAAAGAGGACCCAAAGGCCCCCAAAACCGAUCUGGACGGUCUCCGUAGUGCUGGGAAGUUUUUGCAUCACCGAAUCGAAGCGCUUGGCGGUAGCACUCCUACCUCUGGGAAAAAGGGGCAGGUCAAGGCCUCUGAGGAGGGCAUCUCCUUUCUCCAAAAAAGGAUCUUUGAAAUGCUGUUGGGAAUUGCUCUCUGCGUAGAAUGCAAUGAGCUUUUCAAAAAGGAGAAGGAGUAUGAGAGGUUGCCUGGAUUGACUCAAGAGGAAAUCAAGGCUAAAAAAUCCGAGCUUCAGUCGAUUGCGGUUUUUCGCACUGGUCCUGGAACUAUCUCUACGGCUGACUGGUCUAUUGCCAGAAAGGAGGCUUACGCUGCUCUGUCGAUUUUCUUGACGUUUGGAGUGGCUGGGUGGUUUUCUUCUUUCACCAACCAUCGAAAGUACAACCUCGCCGAUUGCUAUGGCCUCAUCACUCUUGCCGAUCAACGGAUCGAACAACUCAAGAAGAUCCCUGCCGAUGGGAUUGAGACGACCCAUCCUUUGGUCUCGGGUGGCUGGAAGUAUCUCAACGGCUUUCUUCUGGGUGUUUUGAAUGCUUCCAAGAUCCCAAUAGCAGACUCUGCUCAGUGGAGGUUGAUGAGCAAGAAAUGGGCCGAGACCUUGACUCCUGCCCAGAUUGGUGAAUUAGUCCUGGCCGAUAUUUUUGCUGAAGUUGCUCAACCUGGUCCCUCGGUGUCGUUGACUGGAAAAUACGCUGUCCAUCCGGUUAUUGAUGCUGGAACGGAAAAAAACAAAGAUGGGGUUUUGCAGAUCUUGAAAAAGACUAUGCCUUUCUUGCUCAAGGGAUCCCAUGGUGGGUUGGGUGAUGGUGAAGAAGAUGAAGAUGAAGAUGAGGAGGAGGAUGAGGAGGAGGAUGAAGAAGAGGAAGAAGAGGGGAGGGAGGAGCGCGCUGAACACGAACGGAGGGCACAAGAAGCAGUCAAACAAUUUAUUCAUGAUGAGGCGGACUGUUCUGAUGAUUGA